GAAGCUCCAGGUGUUCUGGACGGGACUGGAGUAUACCUGCCGGCUCUUGGGCAUCGCCACGGCUGCAGGUUUACAGGAGUCACCAUCUCUGUGUGUGAAGGAACCUACUUUGUGGCUCAACUCUUGGCCAUCUGCUUCAAGUGCCAGCCGGGGUCUCUGGCACACAGAGCGAAGGAGAAGGCCCACUGGCUGGGCUGCUUCCAGAAGUUCCUCGCCUACAUGCUGCUGUCAGUGGCCUGCUUCCUCCACCCUGUCCUGGUCUGGCAUGUGACCAUUCCAGGCUCCAUGCUAAUCAUCACUGGCCUGGCCUACUUCCUGCUGAGCAAGCGAAAGAAAAAAAAGGCUGCUCCAGAGGUGGCGCCUCCCACGGAGCAGUACACAGACCCUUCCAGCAGCGUCAUGAGCACCACAGGCUCUGGGAACACUGAGCAAACCUAUACUUUCCAUGAGGCCUUCAAGGAGGGGCCUGGCUCCUUCUUCAUCCACAUGAAGAGCAUCCUGAAGGGGACCAAGAAGCCACGUGUCCUGCAGACCCAAGAUACCCUAAUGGAACUGGCUCUGGAGCCAGCUGACUCCUUGGCCAAGAAAAAGCAGGUACACUUUGAAGACAAUGUGGUCAGAAUCAUCCCAUCCCUCACUGAAGGUCUGGGUGAUAGUGACAGUGGACCAGAAGAAACCAGCUCUGACACAACCCCCAUCAUCCCUCCCUCCCAGACCCCACUCUUUCUGCCUUCUCUCAUGGCCACUGACCUGUUCUGAGCAUCUCAGCUAGAGGUCUGCAGAUGGAUGGACCUGCCAGAGGACUCCUAAUAGCCACAGUCCCUCAGGGGACUCAGGGUCUCCAUUGGUUAGCUGCUCGAAUCCUGAUGGUGGCUGGGCAUUCAGAACAAUGAGAUGGUGUACAAAGCCAGAUCUGUGGUGCCCUCCAGCAAGGCACAAAUGAAGCUUUGCCAUGUGAAAUCCACGUAGUCUCCUUCUUGGCAAGAGGUGGGAAAAGAGACCAUGGCUUUGUUCUCUCUCCACAAGGCUGCUGACCCAACUUUCUAAGCCCUAAAGGAACAGAAGACAUGAGUUCACCCUAGCACCCAACAAAGGGUUCAGCCUUCAGCAAGAACUCUAUGGUAUAUUUUGCUUGUGAUACAACCUACUGGUGCCAAAGGCCCAGGGCUAUAUUGGCAACGCAAGCAAGAUUGCUCAGGGUAGAUAUGAGAAAGGAAGAUUCGGAUCUCAAGUGAGAACAGCCUGGCAGUGGGCUACAUUCUCAGCAUACUCUGGGACUGGACUGGGCAGCAGGCAUUUCAGAAUCACCAAGGAAAACAAUACCACUCUGUGCUCACUGCCAGGAAAGCUGACCAAAAGAACAUCUCUCAUUCCAGACGGAUAACUCAGGGCUUCCUGCCCUCCCCUCGCUUACCCCCCAUCCAAUGGUAUGGGCAGUGUUCAGCACCCAAUUAGGUGGUAUAGGUGGUCCAAUCUAAAGGGGUCUGAGAGCCUGUGGCCAUCUGCAGCAGAAAUGGCUAGGACAUAGCAUGGAGUAGUCAUCGUAGUUCAGGCCCCGAGGGGACUGCCCCAGAGAGCCACACAGCACAGGGAAGUACCUCUGCCAUGCUUAGAAAUGUGGGAGGAGAACCUCUGCUAAGUAGAUGGUCACACAAAAUAGACAGGAGGGGAGGACGCAGAGGGAAGGGUGCAGGGGAGAGGGUAGUGAGCAGACAGGCAUGGCUGCAUCCUGGGACCACAGAGGUGGCAGGGAAUUUAAAAAGAUUAGCAAAAUACCUUUUACUUCUAAGUAGUAUGUUUGGACCACAGGAUUACUGCCAGAAAAAAUAAUAAUAAAGACAUGUUAUUCCUCAUAGCUGACCCCCAGUAUGUGAGCAACAGGAAGUAAGAGUCCUAUAGUUUGAAGGGGACCCACUUCAGGGCUCUCUGGUGGGUAAGCCUCAAAGCCUGUGCUUCAUAGUCUAGAUAAGGAAGCUGUUCAUGAGCAAUGAUCAGCACCUAUAAGGUCUUUUGUUUGUUUGUUUGUUUGUUUGUUUGUUUUUGUCUUGCUUUGUUUUGUUUCAGAAAUGUGUAGAAAUGAGACAACCUAGAAGUUGGUAUUAGCCUGGUGCUUAGCACGGCCAGCAUCCCAGAUGGACAGAACACUUUCUGCAAUAGAGGAUGCGUUUGCUAAGACUGUGAGGAGUGGAGGCAGAAAGCAAGCCAGGGGGCCUGGAGGAGGUCUCGUCCCUCAGGUCAAAGGAUGGAUGGUCACAGGGGCUUUUCCAAUGAAGGAUGUUAGAUAGUGCAGUCAGGGGAAAAUAAAAUAUAUGGAAUAUGGGGCGUGGGUGUGUGUCCUUAUUACUACGGGGAGUUCACAGUGAGGAAGAACAAGAAAACACUACCAUGUACCAUGAAUUUGUGUGAGGCGAGGCCAGUGCAGACCCAGGAGUUGGUUCUUAACUCCAGAUCGCAAGACUGGACCUCCAAGAGCAGAGCUUCCAGCCUGACUGAGGCCAGAAGGAACAAAGCCCUUAACCAAGAGGAGCCAGGUCCUCUCCCUGUGUCUCUGUAUUAGUUACUUUCUGUUGCUGAGAUGAAAUACCAUGACCAAAAGCAUUUAAGGAAGAAACAGUGGAUGUGUCUUGCAGUUCUUACAGAGAGCUAGAGUCCAUGAUAACAGAGAAGACCUGGCAUGCAGCAAGAGCUAGAGGCCAGUUGGUCACAUUUCAUCCACAUACAGAACAUGAGGCCGAGUGGGGAGGGCAAAUAUGACAUGAGGCUAUGAACCCUCAAAGCCCACCCCCGGGGAUGCACUUCCUCCAGCAAGGCUGUACCUCCUAAAGCAUCCAUAACUUUCCCAAACAGUGCCACCAACUAGAUGGGUGACAUUUCUCAUUCAAGCCACUGCAGUCUCUCAUCAGCUUAUAUAGUGUUAGAAAUCUUUGGUUCUUGGUUGGUUGAUUGUUUUCUUAAACAUCCUUAUUAAGAUGUACUUUGCUGUCAUAAAAUUGACCAACUUAAACCAUACAGUUAAGUGAGUCUUAGCCUAUUUCUAUCUGAGUUUGUUAUACUCCUUGAUAGCUCAAGUUCAUAAUAUACUCAUCACCACCCCUCCCCCAGAAAAAAUGAAAUCCAGCCCUGUAAUCACAAGACUCCCCCCCCCUCGCCUCCCAGUUUCUGUUCUGUGAAACCACUAAUCUGCUUUGUAUCCUUGUAACUUUUACUGUUCUGAGCACGUCACAAUUUUAAUCACAUAAUUUGAGCCUCCACACACCCUGACCCAACUGCUCCCGAAUGGGCAAGGCUGCACUGAGCAGCAUCUGCAUCUCCAGAGAUAGGCUGAUCCCACAGGAGUCUCCACGGUGCUCUGCGUCUAGUUCUCUAUUAAGUGAGGAUUCAGCGAUGUGUUUAUUGCUACCAGCACCAUGAAGUUCUGAACACACUUUUAUUUAUUUAUUUACAAUGUUUUAAAUGUCUUUACAAUGUUUCUGAGAACUCAGUGUGAAUUCUUCACAUUCUGUUCUGAAAGAGGUAUAUCCCCAGGGCAGAUCUCUGAGCUUUCCAGAGGUCUCUCCCACAGCCCCCCACUCCCCCAUCCCGACACCCCAUCCUCAGGCAGAUCUCUGAGCUUCCCAUUCUUUCUUUCUGGCCAAGCCCUCAACAGCAAAGGUUCCUGGGGGAUACUUUUCCUGGAUGGGUGAGCAUAGGAGAGAGAGGGUCUUGAUAGCCUUGGUUCGUCCUUCCCAGUCUGAGACACUAAAUGAGGCAAGCACUGUUAGAGGCAGAUCCUUAUAUUAAAACAUGUUCUGUACCAAAAGAAUCUUUUUCUCUAUUUUUAACUAUAUCUCAACUUCUACUGGCUUUAUGAUAGAAAUUGAGUAUGCCCAGAAGUUUCUUCGUUCUUAUCAUCUAAACAGGUGCUACCCUGGGGGUGGAGAGGCUGCAGCUCAACGCAGUCUCCCUAACAACUGCCUCCCUCAGUGGCUUCCAGUCAGGUAAAGCCAGAGUACUGACUCCAUAGGAAUAAAGAAUUUCAGGGCAACUGAGAGUAAAACCGAGUUAUAGAGUUGAUUGGAUAAAGAUGAGGAUAGUACCCCAUUCAUGUAUAUGUGGGUGCUGGCAGAGAGGGGGGUAGGGGAGGGAAUGGGGAGAAGGACACUACAUAACUGAUACACAGUGGUGAUGGUGUGGGCUUCUCCAAAGGAGAUCCCCACUCCCCUACUUGAGUGUCUUCACAAUGGCUGUGUGUAGGACCCAAUGCUCUCUGAGACCCACGGCUCGGAGGGUAUCAUUUAGGGUAUCAUUUACAGCAAUGUUUAGUGAUUAAGCAAAGCUUAACAAUUAAGCAGUCCAUAUGUUAAAGAAUGUUCUUCUGUACAUGAAAUGAUAAGGUGAGGGUAUGGGGUAUAUCAUUUGGGUUUAGGGAUAAGAUAAGUGUACUGAAAAGGUUUAAUUCAGGGUUACAAAUGCCCUGGCUCUAUGUACACAUGGUUUAUUUAUUGUUUUACAACAUUUUUACCCAAGAUGUCUUCAGGAAAACCAGGAUUUCUGUAAGCUCUUUCAGUUUAUCAGUUGUAUUGGAGUUUCUUUAAACACCAACUAGGUCUCCGAGUGAGGGCUACGUUUCCCUUCCAACGUUCCCAUAGUCUUCCCCUGUCUUUCUACCCUACAUGACCUUGAACUAAACAUGUCCUAAAGAUAGGUCUACUAUUUUUCCUUCUUAAAUCAUGACCUUAAAGUGAGCAUGCUCAGGAAAGAGUCCACCACUAUGUAAAUGGAUAUACGUUUCCGGGAUGCGGUCCUGUGCUCUCUGUUUGAGGGCGUUCGUUUUGAAUUACUCUUGUGUUCUCGUUGUCUACUGCAGGUAGUAAAUCUUUCUCCAGUCUUUGUGAUUUGGCUGUGUUUGUUCUGGUUUUUGUAUUCAAAAAAGAUAUGAACUACUUGUAUUGGGUUAUGGAGGAGUCAGGGUCGGGGCUCCAUCCUACUAGGCCUCCUGGAACAGAACUUCAGAAACACAGAGGCAAGAGACAUGAGGGACACAGCAUCUUGCUCUCUCAAAAUGGGACCACAGCUUAGAGGGGAAGCUAAGGAUAUAGCUCAGUUGAUAGACACUUGCCUAGUAGGCAUGAUGUACUGAGUCCAAUGCCCUGCCUCAUAAAGUCAAGACAUUGCUUCCUGGGUACAAUACAGCACUAGGGAGGUAGGAGCAGGAGGCCAGAAGCUCAGAGUCAUCCCAAUCUUCAUAUAAUAAUUCCCAGUCUAGCUGGGGAUGGGAAACAUGAGACCUUGUCUCAGAAAAGAAGGGGAGAAGGUAAUAGAAGACCCUCGGAUGGUCAAAAGGUCAGGGUUCGACUGUCAUUGGUCUUUGUGACUAUUUCUCCAUUUGUUGUGCACCCCUACCUUUCUCAGAGAUUUAAGUGAUUGAUAUUGCACAUUUUUUCCCAAGAUGAAAGCACAUUGUAUUAAACAGUAAUCUUUUUACUUUUGGGGUUUUUUUUGUUUUUUUUGUUUUUUGUUUUUGUUUUUUGCUGUUCUUGCUACUGCUGGGAAGAAGGUUCUCUGAGCCAUUCUGAGUCCAAGAAAGCUGCUCCAUUCGCUCGCUCCCUUGCUCACUCCCUGGUUCACUCACUCGCUCCCUCCCUGGCUCCCUGGCUCCCUCCCUCACUCGCCCAUCCCUUUCCAAGAUUAUGAGAGCAUGGCACAGGCUGAUGAGGCGUUCCCAUCACAUACACAAGCCCCAGCCUUGAGCCCUGUGUCUGUUCUUCACUAGUGAUGUAGCCCCAGCUUAUGGAUCUCCUAUCAGCCUCCACUCCCCUGGUUACAAAGAGGGGUUAUUUAUAGCCUCUCCCUGAGAUUGGCUGAGGCUUAGGUGUAAUGACGUAAGCUACAUCUUCACUGAAUCCCUCUACCCUCCAUUGCCACAUUCCUGGCGUGUGGGUGCCUACAGCCACUCUGAGACAAUGCUCUCCCCUCUUGGUCACCUCUCCAGCCCACAGCUGUCUCUCUAGGCUGCAAGGCUUUUCUAUUAAGUUCCAUUUAGUUCUUUUAUCCCAGCCAAAGGUAUGUUUGUUUGAGAGAGUAGCUACUUUUCCUGGGCUCUAUCCCACACUACUCCUUGCUGAAAUCUCAAAAGAAGAAAAAGCUUCAUCCCAUGCCUGCAUAUGCUUGAGUCUCAAGCUGUCUGUGUAGACAGAUUCACCUAUCACCUGGCCCUCAAAGCUCUGGGGACAGCUGCUGCCCUGCCUGUUGGACUAUAGGGUAUUCUACAGGCUAGAAAUGGAAGAAAGGGUGAAAUCUCAGGGGUAAAGGACUGCCCAUGAUAGCUGGAAUGAGGUUUCUCCUGGGACUUACCUAAGUGACCAAACAUCUUGUCAUUAUAGGAAAAGAGGGAAGAACUAAACCAUGACUUUUGCCCAUGGAAAUAAGAAGUAGAAUUUCAGUGAAGUGGAAUUCUAGCUAAAUUAUAGUCUGGGUUCCAAGGUUUGAUAAGAGAGAAACAUCUGCAGAGGGAUUAGAUUGCCCAAAGGCGAAAAGCACAGGUCUGCUAAAAUUUGAGGCCUUAGGUUGUUCCUCACAUGAGACCAUCCCUAAGGACCCUGCCGCUCUGAUCUGGACACAUCCAGCUGUGAGUACUAAUAAGGAACCUGUGACCGGGCAGCAGAGCAAGCCUGGUGGGCAUCCAGAGUCUAGAAUAAACUGACUUUUCUUUAAUAGCAAGACUUUCUGAGACUUUGUGGAAU